AUGGGGAAAAAGAAAAUGGCAAGAAAACAAACUGCUGAGAAACCCCCUUCAACCCGCCGGGAUGAAACCCCAGAAUUCCAACCGCCAACGGAGGAGCGGCCGCCGAACCCGCAACCACAAGAGCCGAUUCCUCAGGCUCCAGUAAUGGUUUCCUUGAAUGCACUAGCGGCGUUCCUCAGACAGCAGGACCCGAACAAAGAUUGGGCGGCUGCGUUGGCGGGUUUUAGCCAAGUCAGAGGGGAAGGCGAAGGGAAAGCAAGCGAGGAGCAGAAGAGCCGGGAGGAAGAAGAUGAAUCGGAGAGAACACCGGUAGCAGAACCCGUUCCCAAGAAAUGGAAAGGGAUAGAUCUGAAUGAAACAUCCAGAAAGCAAGGCCUUAUGACUGAUGAGGAGUUUGAGGCGCUUUUCAAUGAGGUGACCAGGAUGGAAGAUGGCACUGCCAAGAUGGCUGAGGGUCUGGACCUCGCAUCGGAGGCAGCAGGAGAGGGUGAAGAAACUCGCACAAGGAACGACCCAGAAGGCCUAGCCCACCAGCCAGUAGACGAGGUGGAAGAGAGGCAGACCAGAGAAGAGGAGCCAGAGCCAGUGGCUCCUCCAGUGUCGAAACCGAAGGCAGGUAAAAGGAAAUUGGUGUUGAAUAGCGAUCCUAAGGCAGAACGGCCGCAGCCGAAGAGAGUGUCGCAGAGAUGCCUAGGGAAAUGGACAUCCAGCAAAGCGAAAGCAAACACAGCAGCGGAUGCAGUGGAGGUUUCAAGUGAAGAAGAAAUGACUACUCCUACAAAACUUGGGGAGGAAUCCUUAUCAGAGGAAUCCUUACUAGCUACUAACUUGGAAGAUGCUUCGACGGCAACCGAAGUGGUCACCCCCACGCCGAGUGACCAGAGAGAGGAGACUGAUAAGAUGGCUGAGGGUCUGGACCUCGCAUCUGAGUCAGUAGGUCACGACGAGCCAAGAGAUGACAGUAUCCAUAUCCACGUGGAGACCCAGCCUACUGCCCAGGACAAGCCUUCAACAGAAACAGAGAAGAGACCAGAUCAAUGA